GGGCAGGACUCCAAAGGUGCAGCAGCAGCAGCAGCAACAAGCUGGAGUUCAAAGUUAGCAGUAAAUUGCACAACUUCCAGCUCAUCGCUACGCUCGGUGACUAUUAACAAGCUGGAAGGCGCUCAGGGAAAAAUAUAGGGGAGAAGGGAACACCCUCGAAUUGUUUGGGGCUCGCUGAUGUUAUGCUUCUGCAGCUGGGAUCAUGGCUCCCUUUGGAAGGAAUUUAUUAAAAACUCGGCAUAAAAACAGAACUAAUUUGAUCCUACAGUUAAAAUUGUUCAGAUUUUUUUCUUCUGUCCUUUUCUGCAAAAGACCUCCCAGCAAAGACAUGGCUUCCAAUGAGCGAGAGAUUGUGGUGUGGGUUUGCCAAGAAGAGAAGAUUGUAUGUGGCCUGACAAAGCGCACAACAUGUGCAGAAGUGAUUCAAGCUCUGCUUGAGGAACAUCAAGCAACAUUUGGGGAGAAAAAAGUCCUCUUUGGAAAACCUAGUGAUUACUGUAUUGUAGAAAAAUGGAGAGGCUCCGAGCGAGUCCUUCCUCCUUUGACAAAGAUUCUGAGACUUUGGAAAGCCUGGGGAGAAGAGCAGCCCAAUUUGCACUUCGUGUUGGUAAAGUCCGAUGCUUUCCUUUCAUUUCCAUUGUGGAAAACAGCUGAAGCUAAGGUAGUACAAAAUAUAGAAAAGCAGUGGGAACUCAGCCCAGCAAAUUACAUGAAGAUGUUGCCAAUUGACAAGCAAAAGAAAAUUGUUAGGAAGACUUUCCGGAAACUCGCCAAACUUAAACAGGAUAGUGUUCAGCAAGACAGAGAUAAUAUGGAGACACUGAUUCAUUUAAUCAUAUCUCAAGAUCAUACCAUUCAUCAGCAAGUCCUUAGAAUGAAGGAACUUGAUAUGGAAAUCGAAAAAUGUGAAGCGAAAUUCCACUUAGACCGUGUUGCCAAUGAUGGAGAAAAUUAUGUGCAGGACUCCUAUUUAAUGAUCAAUCCAAAUGAGGCUGAGCAGCAAGGGAGUAGAGCAGAUGACCAGAAAGAAAUGCAUGAAUAUUUCAGCAAAAGUGAGGGAAUUUUACAGGUUGAAGAGAGACUAAAACAUCACAAGCAAUUAAUAGAGAAGCUGUGUGCUGAAAUAGAAAAAGAGGUACAUGGUAUAUGCUCAGAAAAAAACGGAGAUGUUGUUCAUACAGAAGGAGCUACUAAUGCUCAACUGGAAAACUCAGAUUUGGACAAUGUGAAGUAUGAGCUGGAAAAAAGUAUGAAAGAUGGUCUGAGAAUCAAUUCAUAUCUGAGCUGCAUUCAGAAAGAACUUACCUAUAGAGACUCACUGCUUCAAAAGAAGGAAAAAGAAUAUGAACUUCUUACAGAAGAAUUUAAUUUACUACAUGUUAAAGACAAUGUUGAAGCAAGGCUUCCAUCAAACGAGGAACUACCAAAGGGCAGUGGCAUCUCCAGUAACAGCAUUGCAGUUCCUGAUUUUGUUCAUAGAGUGACUAAUUUGGACAUAAACGAUACUGACUCUGACACUGGAAUCAGCUCUACACACAGUCAGGACUCUGAAAUAACUUCUGGGGACAUGGUACUGUUAUCAACAUAGUAGAAAACAGUCAUGCAUUUAUGAGAAGUCAGUUUUUGGAGGACACUUAUAAGAAUAGACGAGCCUUAUUUUCUUGGAAUUUCAUCCCUUCAAUACGUUAAAAAUGUAGCACAGCUCUAGAAAAUUAAACAGUGUCUUUUUGCUUAAAAGUGCACUUGUUUUUAAAAGCACAGGCAGUCUCAUGCAUUCACAGCUAAUGCAUGCAAGGCUGUAGGCUUUGCCAAAUACAGACAGAACAGGAGCAUUCUGACUUGUUUGGACCAAAAGCCUAUAGAUUUGACAUCAUUUAAUCUUUGAGUCCAUCUCUACAUCUCUCUUAACUUUUUUGGAAAGUGAAUUAGAGAUUAGAUGGAGAGCUUGGUUUUCUGCUCUGUUACAAUGGCUUUAUUCAGCUGGAGUUUCCUUGGCAUGAAGCUGCUGUAAAGGAAUAUAUAUGAUCAAGCAUAUAGACUCUUAAAAAUUAAUAUUUAUGAUGCUAUAAAACAAACAAAAAAGCAAUUUUGUUUGUGUAAUGUAUAACUCAGUUUUGAGUUAAUAGGAUGAUAAUUUCAGAAACACUUAAGACCCGGUUUAAAAAUGACCAUACUCACAUAGAUUGCUAAUUUCCAUUUUCUUUCUGAAGUGUCCAACUGCUCGUAGAAUUCUUGAAACUCCCACUCUUCUGCUCUUACUCUGCAGUUGCCGUGGUGAUGCUAUGUGGACACAAUUUCUGCCAGCGGGUAUGUCAGAACUGACUGCCUCCUGCUUCUGUGAAUUCAUAAAUCCCAAUCUCACACCUAGCCCCAGGGGCAUUUUCAGGAAGGGUUUCUCCUGCUUAUCUCAACAGUAGGAUCUAGUGACCUGGGCCUCCUUAGAUCAUGACCAUGAAAUCAAACAUAACACGAGAGACAGGCAGGGACCGGACAUUUUUUACUAUUGGUUCCCAAUGGCCAGGUAGUUAAGCUUCUCAGAUAGCAGACAGACUGUCAAAUUCUGGUUGAUACUAAUUUGGAUCAGGGAUACAUACAUGUAUUUGCUAUCUCCUUGAUAUGAGGACUUUAGGAUACAGCUAAAGCUGGUCCACUUUAUAUAUAUAAUUAAAUAUUGGGUCACAAAGGGAACAAAAAAGAACAGGAAAUAUGAGAUUUUUAUAACUAUGUGGUUAAGUCAAAUGAUUUCACUUAGGAUGUAGUCAUUAAGCUUAAAUACUCCAAUGAAUGCUGCAAAUUCAAAAUUAGGUGUAUAAGUCUUAGUGAACAAGGUUUCUAACUCUGAGCUAGAGACUGCUGACAGAGAGAACAUUGAAUAAUUUCUGGGUUGCACACUGAGGGUUGUUAUGUAUAUUUUGCAGAUCGAUUUGUUUAAUGCUUUUGAAAAUAUAAUGUAAAUCUGAUUAAAUAAUUUGAAUGGAGAAAUAGUUACUAAAUGAAGUUUAACUUCAAUAGACUUCAAAAAGCCUGCAAAAAGGCCUACAAAGUAAAUGAAAGGGCAAUACCUAGGGAGUAUAAAGGUAAGAUACUUCUAGAUGCACUGCUUUCUUUUCCUGUAUUUUUCUUCUCUUAAAUGUUUGCCAGACAACUGUGUUCUGGAAUGACAGAAGUGUCGGGACUGCUGAUUAGCAUGUAUUUCAUUUAGGAAGAGAGAGAGAGAGAGAAAAAAAAAAAACCUUUUCUAAAAAGCUAAGUUUUUUAUCCCUUUCUUUCUUUCUAUUUUUUUUAUAUAUAUUUUUGAGUGCUAGAUAUUAUAGAAUUUCUAUUCCAAGAAUAUGUGGUAGUUACCUUAAUAUAUUUUAUGUUAUGUUUUUAUCAUACAAUGUUAUUUGAAUACUUCAAUAAUAAUAUGUCAUAUUUAGGCUCAUCAGCGCUUGAUGGAAACUCAAGUAUGCAUCAGAUAUCUUAUCUUUGUAAUAAUUUAUUAACGCAACUCAGAAUCUUUUGAACUCUGUGAUAUCACUCUGACAAGUAGAAAACACAGAGCUUUGACUGCUGAGAGUAGGCUAAUGUAUUCUCUGAGUUCUUGUGAAUGUAGCUAAUAGUUAUUUCUACUGAGUCUUUUUUUUUUAUAAAUACUUAUGGGGGUAAAAGUUCAAGCAAAAGAAUAUACAUAACUAUGCGGGCCAGUACAAUACCUGUUUGGGAAGUAAUUUCCGCUCACACUCAACGAGAUUUAUUUUACUCAUAGGAAUUUGUACUGAUUUUCACAUGUCAUCUUCAUCCACAGUAUGUGCCUGAUUGUAUAUCCCCUGCAACUUGUAGUUCUCCAGUAUUACUGUGUUCUAAGAAUAGGAAAAAAUAGGUUGAGAGAGAGAAUAUUUCUUAAUAAAAUAAAUUAACACAA